CAUACAUCACCAUACAUGAAGUGCCUACCAAACAAAAUGGCCGACGUGUGAAGUACAGUUUCUCCUGCGAUCGUCUUGUGGAAGUAAACCGAAAAAGGUUACUCAGAAACGAAAUGUGAGCCGUAAUGUCUUGUUCCGUGCCGGUGUUUGCUUGUAUUCAAGAUGUGGACAGAGUUAUUUCGAUAUUAAAUGACGCUCCAACAACUGGAGAAGAGGACGUUAAAGAAAGUACCGGUGAGUCAACUUUCCACGAAUGACUCUAUAUUUCUAAUAGGCUACAAGAUUAAAGUCAUUCUGAAGUCUCCUUUAUGGCCCUAUGAAACUAAAAUACAGCAAUAAAUUAUUAAAAUAAGGGGAAUGGGCCUUUUUUACAGUUGUGUGCUCAGUGCCCUGGCCUUUGAAUAGAAGCGAGGCUGGCAAUGACCUUGUUUGUUUAUACAAACUUUGUUGUUUUUCAUGAGUAAAUGAUCAUGUUCACGGGGGAAUACCACGAUUUGCACAUGAAAAACAAGAAGGUUUAGAACAAAACAAGGUCACUGCCAGCAUCACUUCUAUUCAAAGGCCAGGGCACCAAGCACACAACUGUAAAAUGGCCUAUUGCACCUGCAAAAUGUUAGUCUGUGUCAGCAUUUCUCACCCUCCGGGGGGAUGGGGUACUUCCUUAUAAGAGGCUAAUAAGGGAUGUGCCGCUGGAUGGGGUCGCAUUUUCACGACUGGAUUGACUAUAAUGGGGAGCAUUUUCAAUGGAGCUACUAGAAGGGGGUCGCACAUUCGCGGGGUCGUGGUUUUUGGGGUAUGAAGUUCUUCACUGAUUUUACAGUUAGCAAAUGUACCAGAAUGUUUGUACUGUAGGUGAAAAGUAAAGUGUUCCGUAUUCAUUCAAUUUAAAAAAUGGGUCAAUUCAUUUUAGGAUGACCUAUUUAAAGGAUUGAUAAGGUAGAUACAUAAAAUUAAUAGAAGGUAACUCAGUUGGGAUCACAAAAAUUACAUUUUCCUAAAAGUGACUAAGGUGGGGUCUAUAGUUGACCUCAGGAUGAACUAUAAUGGGACAUGGGCUCUAAGAGGCCAGGAGCACAUGCCUAGCAAAAAUUAAUCCAGGUGUUUACUGGAAAUCAUGUCUGACCACAGUUAAGAUUUCAUCAGACGUGAGCUAUAUUAGUCAGACCUCUUUGUCCAAUGACUAACUACACUGUUAUUGGGCUAUAACAUUUAAUAUUUUCCCCCCCUCUGUUGAGAACUUACAGUACCUUUUCUUCUUGGUCCUUGAAGAUUAAAUAAAAUUGCAUUCACCCCUGAAGACUUUCAUCAAAUAUGGGUUUACCCCUUAAAGAGAAUGGGUGUGCCCCGGAAGAAUUUUAAGAAAAUUAAAUUAAAGCUCCAUCCCGAAAGAAUUCCAUAUAUUUUUUUACUCUACCCCUAGAGAAAAAAUUAAAAAAUCCUCAAUGUGUAUAAAUUCCAUUUUUCCUCAACUGGCGGGGGGUGAUGGGGGUGGGUGGGUUUUACAGGUGUUUAAUUCAAUAGCCUUUGCAGCUCUGCAAUACAUGAUUUUUCAUUUCAGCGGGAUGGGAAGUUGACUGUGAAGAGUGGGGCUGGACGGUAAGAACAAGUUAAUAAUAGUUAUGUAUAUUAGUACGGUAUUGUUUUACCGACACAAUAAUCACUUUGCAGGAUUCAAAAGUUGGAAGCAUUGUACACUGAAUUAAAUGUUAGAUAAAAUAAAAUCCGUAUUUCUAAUUCAUGUUAGAGGUCAGUCCUCUGUAUAGAUGCUUUUUCCCAAUAAUCAAUAUCAUAAUACCAGUGUAGUCAAUUGAACCAGAUCAAACUCAAUCAAACCCUGUCGGUCGAUUGUUGUUUGAUUGGUUUGGUAAUCAAGCAUAUUCAAAUCAAACUGGACCUUUUUGGUGAGUUUGAUUUAUCAAACUUGUGAGCUCAAUUGCCUAACUCAAACAAGCCAAUCAAACCAAAUUGACCUGAUUUUUUCUAUUUUGUUUGGCAGGAAGACUUGUACAUGUACGAAUGUGAGAAACACGUUUCAAUUAACUAAAAGCUUUGUUUUUAAAUUAAUUCAAAAUCGAUAAAUUCACAAUUAAUACUUGUUACCAACCAUUCGAUUAACCACUAGGUAUAAUUUUUCUUUGUUAUCUGCCCCAUGCACAGAUUUUGAAAAGUGUCAAAUCCCCCAAGAGCUAGGUACUGCCUUUUAAAAGUUAUGGCAGUGAUUGUUGUAUUGCCCAGGGUCAUUUUGCAGGGCUGGAAAAAAGUCCCAUAAUAAGGUAGUCAGGGACAAGCAGAUUUUCUUGCUGGGCAAGUAAUUUUUAAAGCUCACCUGCCCAAUGUAAAAGGGUCCAAGCAAGUCAUCUCUUAAGUAAAUGAUUAACUUAGGUAAGCAGGAAGUUGCCCUGGGCAAGCAAAAUAAAAUAUGAGAGCUGCUUGCCCAAAGGAUAAGCAAAAAAUUCAUUUUUUAUCAAAGCCCUGGCUUAUGGCUUACAAUUUUUGGAUUGUUACUGCUGAGGGUGCUUUAAUCGGGCCUAGAGCAGGGCUAAAAUAAAUGUGGGGUGGAGGGAAUGGAGUGAAUAGACCAACUUUAAGCUUCCUCCUCCUGGCCACCUGUCAAAAAAAAAAAUAGGUAAUUUUUAUUAACAAAUAAUUGAUCAUGGUGCCUAGAGAUUCAAAGAGAUACUAAUACUGUCAUAUAAUGACAAAAUUGAAAAGAAUACCUUAUCUCAAGUGGGGUUAGAGAGGCUAAUUUUUAAUUAAUUGAAGCAAAAAAAUACCUAUCCAGCGGCCUUUUAUACAUAAGUUGUAUGUAUUAAUAAUUAUGGCUCUUCAUCUGUAUAUAAGCUGUUCUCAUCAUUGUAAUUGAUUACUUUUGAUCAUCAUGUUAGCCACCCUGUUAGGCUAAAAAAUUAUUGAUAACUGAUCAAAUGAAGUCAAGUUGAUAUUAGGGUUAUUGUAUUUAUUCAUGGGUUGAUUUGUGUGCUCAAAGGAAGCUAUUGAAAGUGAACAAGCAGGAACUCCAGCUUCAUGGCUUCAAGAAUGUUGUAUCUCCUUGUCACCAUCAAAUGACACCUUAGCUAUUGCAAAAAAUGAUAAAGCUGUUUUUCUUGCAAGUAAGUUACAAGUAUGCCAAAACUAGUAAUACAAAUAGAAAUAUUAUUACUACUACUACUGCUACUGCCACUGCUACGACUAUGGCUUUCAGCUACUUCUAUGGCUAUGGCUACUGCUACUUAUUAUAUUACUAUUAUUAGUAUUUAUUAUGUAGGCAGUUUCGAACGGGAUGUCAGGUCCAACCAGGUGGCAAAUCGUGACCAACCUCUGUUUUUUCCAAAAAAAAGUAAUAUAAAAAUUAAUUAUUGAUUGAUUAGAAAUGUAAAAUUAAUAUUACUAUGUGCAUUAGUCAUUUUACAUGUAAAAUUUGUUAGCUAAUAAUAGGUAAUUACAUUAAAUUUAAUUUAUAAACAGACUAAAAGUCAUCAGUUUCCUAUACUGAUCAUUGGCCAUUAUCUAAAAAAAAUAUAAAUAAUAAUCGUAAUAAUCACAUUAAAAAAAGAAAACACAUUGUUCUUCACUUAUGGUCCUAGCAUAAAAAGAAUUUUAAAUGAUCCUGCAAUGUUGAAUCUGCUAGUUAGAAAGUGUUCUACAGCUUCUUGCAUUCUUCUCAACAUGUGUUUGCCUCUCCCUUUUAAUACCCUACUACACUUAGUUAUCUCGUAUUGUCUCUAAGCCCUUUUGAAUAUCCACCCAGGAUUUCAAUUACAAUAAUUAUUAACCAGUGAGUGCUUUAUUUCAAAACCUGGAUACUGUCGCUUGAGCUUCAUGCACAGUGGGGCAUAUUAAUUUUUAAGGUCUUUUCUCCAGGCUUCCUUCUGCUGAUGAUUAUCUAUCCAGGGGCAGCUCAUCUCCAAAAGCGUUAUCCUUCUCCUUGCUCUGUCGACAGUUCUUGUACCCACUCUGUUGGCUCCGACUUCUGUCUGGUCAGCAUAUACGGGAACAUCCCAAAAAACUGUCAUGUGAUUGUUUUCAAACAUUGGUUUGGGUUGUGUGGCGCCAGUAAAGAGAGAGUCGGUCGAUCGAUGACACGGUUCAGGUAAAGCAACUGCUACUUUAAUGCUACUGAAGACACAACAGCGAAAUACAGAACAAACUCUAGAGCGAGACACGAGAGCGACUAGGGCGCGUGUCCUUAUCUACAGUACCGCUGACCGGUACUGGCGUGGCCUCUUUUUCCUUUCUUUACUCUUACAAAUGUGGGAUGAGCCCAAUGGUUAUAGAAAAAUCUAGGUACAUGUAAACGGCUAACAUGAAUAACAAUAAAACUUUAACAGUCCUCAGUUUCACGAGGACCACUGGCUAAUUAAUCCAUAUCAAAGUCCUCAAAACGUGCGGGUCGGCGUCGCUCACGUGUGGAUCGGCGAGGAGGGGGGGGGGCAUCUGAUUCGCUGUCACUAGCAUAGGGGUCUCUGGGUUCAUCAGGGUGGGUCACGGUCACGGUAUCGUGAGACUCAUCGUGGCUGGUAGGGAAGUCAUCAAGGUGGGGGAUUUCCUGGGUAGAAGGUGUCGAGAUCGCGCACGGAAUGUUUGGCGGGGGCGGUGGUUCUGGCUGUGUUUGUGGAGUUUCGUCAGAUGAUGAGUCUGCGUCCCUAUUGGGAGCAGGUGGUCUGUGGUUCACGACUUCGGAUGGGACUCGAUAGCACUCAGACAUCUUCACUCGGUAAGACGUGCUGCGGAGUUGGGAGCCAAUGAAUUUCUUGACGUUGCAGAACGAGCCGGUUAUUUCUACGACAAGGUAGCGAUCGCGGGCUCUGGUCUUGUUCCGAUCGGCAUAGAGGUAGACUAAAUCACCUACAGCAACGCGGUCAGUGGGGGUGCUCUUUGAGAUAGGUGUCUUGGACUUCUCACUGUGGGGUGGUUAGACAACCGUUGUGUAUGUUGUCGAGGAUGAUGUCCUGGUCUUGUAGGGGAUCUGCUGGUUUGUGAACUGAUCACGUUGGGUCCACAUCUCUCUUGCGGAAAGACCACGUGAGCCGGGCGCGUUUAGAUUGGCUGUGACCACGGCGAGUUGCACGUGGUUUACUGGACCGCCCUAGUGGAUCAUGGCGGAGUAGUUCGCUUUCUACCUCCUGUACUGCCCGCUCUGCAAUAGGGUUCUUGUUUCUGUUUUUGGCGUCGCCGAUCUCAAGGGUGAUCCUGUGGUGUUUCAGUAGUUGAUCAUCCCUGAGUGCUUUGAAUCCUGGGGCUGGGUCGGCAUUAUGACGGCUGUUGGUCCAUCUAGUGGACGUAGUUGGACACAAAGGCGGAUAAGGCGUCGCGCAGAGUGUUGUGACGGCCGCGUCUUCCAGCAGGGUUGUGGCUGUAAACGAUGUCACGCACUCACGUGGUACAAGCACAAGUUGUCUUGAGCGUCUGAUGACAUCUGCGGCAAAUGAUCGCCAACUGCGUCGGGGGGGGCAGGACGACUGCUCCACGCGCAUUUUCGGAGUUUGGCGUAGAGAGGCACAGAUGUGGCAAGCUUGGGUCACGCGGUCGAUGGCCUUGUGUAUGUCUAAGGCAUAUAGGUACCGGUUGGUUACAGCUUGGAGUUGAUGGCUCGAUGGAUGGGUGAGCUGUAUGUGUAGGGCUGUCAGCAGUCCAUCAAGCACUUGUCGAGGGACAAUGAUGCACUCGCGGCUAGGUACAAGGGGUUCAUCACGCCGGACAACGAGCAAGCCAUCGUUUGCAAUGGUAGCAACGUUCAGGUAUCUUUUAACAUCUUUUAUGUUGGUAAGUUUCUUCGAAGGGCGUGUCCCUUGUUGUAAGUGGGCGCGAGUACGCCGCAGAUCGGCACAUUCGGCCUGAAUGGCUAACCAGGCAGUGCGGCUGGUGAAGGGUAGGCGCUCAUCACCACGCAGUAUAUCCUGUACCGAUGUGUUUCUGACAACGGAGUCUUGGGUGAGUUUUGUGAAGGCGCAGAUCUGGCAGGCUUCGUCUUCGCAAGGGGGUGCGUUGCGGCUGGCGAAAUCAGAGGGUAGGAUCGCAGAUCCGGAUACAUGUCUGACGGACGCUUGAUACCGACUCACAGUUGAUAGAAAGGUGGAGACGCGAGGGCUAGCGGAAAACUCCCCGCGACAGAGUUUUUCAAAUGCCUGUACGCACGGUUUGCUGUCGGUUAGGAUGUAGGCCUUGUGAAGGGAUUGGAUUAGGUACGGGCUGAAGUGCUUGGUGGCAACGGCAAUAGCUAGGGCCUCCACCUCACACGGUAACCAUGUCGGUUGUGAGCCCGAAGCUUUGUGCUAAAGAACCCUGCCAAAUGAAGUUUGUUGUCACGGGUGGCGUAAAGCGUGGCUCCUAUUCCAGGCUUACGGACCGCCCGUCGGUCACAAUCCACAACUGGUCACUUGGUUUGGGUAGCGAAAUGGUGCGAGCAGUGGAGAGGGCUUCUGGGCAUGGAGGAACGGUUCGGAGGUCGUCUGACCAUUGUAUGUGUUCUUUAGAUUCGCGGCCAGCUACGGUGUCAUCAAGUUGUGCAAGGAGUGACGAGCACCCGGAAUUACGCAGGGAGAGCACCUUGUAUGCUCCUAUGAAUGAUCGCAUGCGCCAACGGUUUCAGGUUCAGGACACGAGGCGAGGGUGGCGAUGCGGUGAGGGCUUGCUCUUAAAGUGCCAGCGUUCCAAAUCCAUCCCAGUAUUGUUGUGGACCGAGGAUUGAUGAUCGUCUUCGAUGCGGAGAGGCGGAGGUCACACUUGUGGAGGGCUGCUAGAACCUUCCUCCAGUUUCGUAGGAGUUCUUGUGGCGUGUUUCCCCCACAGUAUAGAUCGUCUGCGAUUUUGGCGACGACGCCUUCUUCUAAAAAAGGUGACCAAGGACGCGACACAUAAGUUCUUCCAGUGCCGUUUGAGCCGGGUAUGCCCAUGGCCGACCGUGUGUAUACGCCGCACUCCCGGAAUGGGGUAGCUACCCCACAGUACUUCAUGGAGGCACGCGAGGGGAUUUGGUAAAAGCGCUGGUCAAGUCCGAUGCGAUGAUGUGUUUCCACUGGGCGAUAUGGCGCAACGUGGAGUCCACAUCUGGCAUGAGUGAAGGUUGUGGCUUGCUGUGGCGGCCGACAUCAGCGAAUGCAGUAACUAGGGGGGAGCCACCAUUGGGUUUCUUGACGAAAUGAUGGGUUCAGGUACUCGACCGUGAUGUUUUAUGUCUUGGGCGACUGAAGACACCCAAAGCUUCAAGUUCGUCAAAUUUCUGCUGGAGCUCCACUAGCUGGUGACGGGCAUACUGUGGUAGACGGCCUUUCCGCUGGGGGGUUCUACAGGUCCCAUGUUGACUCUUGCUUCGAACGGACCUUCCGCACCGUUGUAGCCCUUGAUGUUUGGGUCGAACACGUGGUCAUACUCGUCCAACAGCGAAGUGAACUUUGCUCUUAUAUCCCGGGAAGUAAGUUGUCUGGGUCAAGGCGCAUACGGUUGUGAGUGUUUUGUACCUGGGAUAGGUACUGUUGGUUUGGGAGGUGGCUUGGCUGUUGGGGUGAGUUGUCGCCGAGGGGUUCUGGUGUGAAGGUGGCGCUGCACCUGGCAGAAGUGCUCAUUUCGCUUGAGGAAGUGUGGCUCGGAUGAGAGAUUGGGAAUACGUAUCUUUCCUGCCACGCUAGAGACUAUGCGUGGGGUGGGCCACAGUUGGGAAGCUGACAACUGCCUAACGCUGGGGCAUCUGUUCGAGGCUCUAAGGCGUAUUCGAGUCAGUGGGGACGCCGUGUGGUAGGUCGACUUCAACAAACUCUCCGGGCCAGACGGUCAUUGACGUGGGGGAGAGCGGAGUACUAUUGCACGACGCGGCGGGGUUUACUGUAGCUGGGUGUGGGGACCCGUGAACUGGACGAUGGAACCGUUGUGGAGGAUCACUUGGCGCUUAGCUGGGCGCUACUGCAAUAUCGUUGGUUUCCAUAAAGGGGUGCCUGCCAGUAUGUCCACGCCGAGGUUCUCAACGACGAGUCCUUUCAAGGUGAAAUCUCGGCCUUCGCGGCUUAAUAAGAAGCGUGUCUCACCGACGACCUGAAGGGGGGAUGAGCCGUCUGCUUGGUGGACGGACUGGGAGCUAGAUGUCAUGUGGCAGCCAAGGCGUUGGGCGACAGUGUGGCGGAUCAUGUUUCCAGUAGCCCCACUAUCGAUGGUGAUUAAAUGCGGGGUAGUGGGAGUAGAACAUGUCUAGGUAACGGUGACUGGCGGGUCUGUAUGCGGAAGACCUUAGGGCCUGGGCCAGGCCUAGCGUCGUCGGUGUCGCUUUCUGGGUCGGUCAUGUCGGGUGUGGUCUCAGGUUCAUGGGAGCAUCAAAGAUGUCGGCGAUCUGUCUGGCCUUCGCGAUGUAUUUGCGGUCUUGGUCUGGAAGGAAAUUGCAUUCGCUCAAGAAAUGGUUGUCGGGCGACCUGCCUGUUUGCAAAGGGGACAGGACUUAGUGGGGCGGCUGGGUGGGUGUAGUCGCCUUUCACGGGGUUUUGACGCCGAGAGGUCUGUGGUAGUUAGUGACAGCGGUGCGCAUGAUCUUGGCAUCAUCAGCGGUGCGUAUUUCGUCGAGCAGGGAAGUAAGGGCCUGAGAUAUCUCUGGCUUUAUGGAGGCCAGAGUCCGUGAUCGUAGCUCAGUUCCAUACCGCUGUUUCACUAACUUAGGUAGCUCGGGGUGGAUCAGUUUAAGCCAGGUGAGAACGAUGAAAUUCUCCAGGGUGGGGGUGAGUUCCUCAUCUUCUGUGGUAACCUCACCAUGGUGUGACAGGCUAUUUGCACGGAGUAGAGUGUCCUCCACGAAGGCCAUCAGUCUCUGAAAGAGAUCCUCUGGGCGUUCAUCUGCUUCCAAAUGUAAGCCAGCGAAAUCUAGAAAGUGGGCGCCUGUGACUUGGAAGCCAAAAUGUGCACGAAUCAUGUUCCAAACAGAGUGAAUCGAAGUCGAGUUCUUCACGAGAGAGGUCCUGGAUAUCACUGGGCAAUAGUUGGCUAUUUGUCCGAGCAUUAGUUCGAGGAAAUUGACCUUCUGACAGGCCGUUUUGCGUCUGGAGGCGGGAUGGUUUCCCGUCAUCUGUAAGGCCGCGUAGGGGCUGGGACUUAGUCUUUUUCCCCACGUGGCGUCUUCUGCGAGGAAAGGGCGAAAUUGCUGUCGAGGGAUAAAGUGUACAACAGAUUUUGUCUCCAGUUCUCAAAGCUGUUGAUGGACUCGUUCUUUGACAGGCUCCACUGUUUUGGGGCUCGGAGGGUACUCGCCAUAGUUGUGGUUUGGUUGCAAGUUUACGGAUAAAUCGUGCUUGGGCGGACGAAGGUGUUCAAUAUCGACUUACCGGCGUUUGUACGGGUAGCUCUGGCUUUGUUUUCUUUUCGGUUUCUUGGCGUAGAUCCGGAAGCGCUGCCACCACGCCAGUAAAGAGAGAGUCGGUCGAUCGAUGACACGGUUCAGGUAAAGCAACUGCUACUUUAAUGCUACUGAAGACACAACAGCGAAAUACAGAACAAACUCUAGAGCGAGACACGAGAGCGACUAGGGCGCGUGUCCUUAUCUACAGUACCGCUGACCGGUACUGGCGUGGGAAAAUACCAAGGAGGAACAGACUCUAUCAGUCUAAUGACUGAAAAAAAUAUGGAUCGAAGUAAAUCUGAUUCAGUGACUACAAAUACAUAUUGUAGUUUUGAACCAUUUAUACCUUCAAUCUCGUUGAUUCUUUACCUGUCCAAGCUUGAUGUCAGUAUAGAACUAUAGACGUAUCUUUAGAGCAACCACCCUAGCACUUAGAAGUACACCCAUUUGUUAUUAGCCACAUAAUUGUUAUAGAGUACAUGUAGUAGUGAAAACUCCUCUUUUGUACAUUUUGGCAUCUGUCUGCCUUGAUAGACAGAGGAAGCAUUUCUUGGAAUGUUAAGCCAGUUGUGUUGAGAAUCUGGGGCUAUGACUGAUCAGACCUAGUGUGGCAGUCUCAUCCACAUGUACUGACAACAAAAUUAAGAAAAGUCAAAGCUGAGGGAUGGAUUUAGUAGAAUGCCGAGCUAUACUGAUACAUUCAGUAUAACAGUAAUAAAUUCUUAUUUUAUUGGAUGAGUAUACAGUCAAACCUCUUUAAUACGGACACCAAAGGGACAGAACCAAGUGUCCGCUUUACAGAGGUGUCCGUAUUAUAGAGGUAGGGAAUGUAUGAUUUUUGGCACUCUGGGACCAAACGAACUGUCCGUAAUAGAGAGGUGUCCGUAAGGAGAGGUUAGACUGUAUAAUUAAAGUUUCAGUGCAUGCAUAAUUAUAAUAAGAGUAGGCAUUCACUGGUGACUUAAUUUUUAUACUAGGCAAGUGGAGUAAGCCAACAGGCAGUGAACCUAAUACAAAGUAUGAAGUGGUUUGGAGUGGCAGUUUGUCAGUGGAGGAGGGGUAAAAUUCAUUGACCUAAUCUUUUCUUGAUUAACCAUUAACUUUGUAACUGUUGUAAAUUAUGAGUCUUUGUAAAUCUGUCAUGGUAUUGUCCAAAUUCUCUCUUGUAUUGUAUUAUCUAGUAUAUUAUUUAUGGAUUUGUCAAUUUGUGCUACUUCAGGGAGUGCAUUACAGAUAUUCUGUGCAUACCUCUUGCUUCACAGCAUAGGUGAGUACAUUGCCUUGCUAAAUUUUAUCAUUUUAAAUGUCCCUGUUUGUAAUGUAGUAUUCAUUUUAUGUAUCAAAUUUUAUAAGAUAUCAUAAUUAUGUAUUGUUAAAAGUUGUGCUUAGUUCAAUGAUUUUAUAUCAUUCUUAACUUAUAGCAUAAUAUUUUAUUAUUUAAGCAAUAGAAAACAUUUUCCGUGUUUGCAUAGCCUGAUAUAAACACGAGUGGGGUUGGAAGAAUUCUCGACAGUUAUGCAAACCCUCGACUUUGUCUCGGGUUUGCAUAACUGUCGAGAAUUCUCCCAAUGCCUCGAGUGUUUAUAUCAGGCUAUCCAACACAGAAAAAAAGUUUUCUAUUGCCUUUAUAAAAUAACUUUCCCAGGAAAAAAUGCAAAACUCUUUGUAUGGCACUGAUUAAAAGAGAAAUUCUUGCCAGUCGCAAAAUUGCAAAAAGGUACUCAUGUGCAAACUGCGGAUUUUUCUCGCUUAAAAUGUCAGCUUAAGCGAAGAAAAAUUGACACACCUUCUUUGUAACGAUUUUCCAAGUUUCAGCCGACGAAGGAAUGGAUAAAUAAAGUAAACUUGUCGAGUUUUGAGCUCGAAAAAUUUUUCAAAUUUGUGCUUGCGUGAUUAGCGUGCAAAAAGCCAAACAACUUGACACCACAACCAUGUUUACAUACUCUUAUGCAAACACUCCUCUCGGCCAAUCAGAGCGCGUGCACUAUCUUAGUUAUUUUAUAAAUAUAUUUAUUAUAUAAACACCAAUGAAAUACCAGGUGAGCUUUCGUGUGAAAACAUGAUAUCUUCACCAUUGCUAUGGCUACAUAAUAAAUCACGCCUUGCGCAGGAAAAAACUGUUUCAGUGAAAUGGUUUGGUAUUUCAUUGGUGUUUAUAUAAUAAAUAGAACAUUACAUGACCACUUGGAGGUACAAAAUUUCUCUUCUCGUGUUGAAAAUAUUUCACUCUUUCGCUGCACUCACUCAUAAAAAUAUUUUUCAACACUCGAAGAGAAAUUUCGUAUCUCCGCGCGCCCUUGUAAUAUCCUCUAUAUAUAAAUUUGGGGGGUUGCCCUAAUAUGGGGAUUUAGUUCCUCUCUGGUGAAACCCUUUUGUCUUAUUAUUUUGACAAUAAUGUUGUUAUAAACAAAAAUAAAUAAAUAAAAAUAAAUAAUGGUCACGUAUUGUAACUACACAAGAAAACUUUAAGAAUAGUAUAUAAAAAAUAUAUUAUAAGGCAAUAUGUCAGAAAAUCCUCAUCCAAAAAGAAGAAACAAGUUACUUAUGUAUGGAUGAUCCAUCAAUCUCUUUUUGAAACUCCUUAAUGACUUAGCGCCAACCACUGAAUUGGGCAGCGAGUUCCAUAUAUCUACGUAAUGCCUCCAAAAGGAAUAUUUCAAAAUGCUUUUCUCAAAAAAGGUUUGAAAAUCUUAAGAUUGUUGCUAGAUCUUGUAUGAAAAAGUCAAAUACUUAUCAAGUUCAAUUUUUGACAAACCAGUAAUAAACUUAAAUAACUGUAAUAAACUUAGGAAUUCCCAGUGAAAACGCAACUCCAUCCAACCAAUUCAAGGUACUUCAAACAUUCAGCAUAUUUGAGUUCGUUACUAAGAAUCCAUCUUGAGACGUUCCUUUGUAUACUUUCCAAUUUGUCAUGCUUGAUGAAAUGCUUGUAAACGUACAAAAUGAUAAUACCACAAAAUAAGGUGGGAACAAUAAUCUAGGAGUCUAGGAUAGAAGGAAGAUUUGCUUCACAUUUAUGGUUUGACCCUCAAAAUAAAUUUAAAAAGCUUAGAGAAAUACUACCAACUGUGUUAUUACUUAUACCGGUAAAUUACUUAUAACAAAAUUUGCCACUUCGUUAAAUUAUGUGUUCAGGAGUUCUCAAGGAUCCCCUGACUGGACCUGCAUUGUGGCUGGAUUUACAUCUGGAUACAUGAGGAUUUACUUGCAGGUACAUGUACUGUGCUGUUGUCUAUCAUGACAAAUUAUCUGAGACUCUACUAAAAGUUCUUACUACCAAAAGUGGUCCUCAGCUGUGUUUGACUUUAGAACUAAAAUGAUCUUCUCUCCUGCUGAAGCCAAUCGAUGAUAUUUUGCCACCUUUCCUACCCCAUUGUAAUUGAACAAUAUAGCACAAGAGCUGCUGAUGGUUUACCUAAUUAUACACUUACAUGUACGUGUACCACUUAAUUUUCUUUACUCUAGAAUGGAUCAAUGCUUCUUUCUCAGUUUCUACAUGAUGACCCAGUUCUUAGACUUAAAUGUAGAACAUGGCAGCCACACAAGACCUAUUCAAGUGCAGAGCAGGUAAUUCUUCAAAUAUAACUUAUACUUGGCUAGUGCUUAUAAAUUUUAAGUUGUCUUCGUGGAAGUCUGAAAACGUCACUUCAGUCUCCUGUGCUGUAGGGUGCUAUUUUACUGCCAGCAUCUAUAGAUCACUAGGUGAAUGGCAUUUAAGUGUACUUUACUUAAAUCUAGUACACCGACCUGUGUUAGGCUAAAAACAAUGCAUUAAUAAUUUAUUAUAAUAUUACAGUCGAGCCUCCAUGUGCGUAAGUGACCACAGCUCCCAUGAGCAACUACUUAUCCAAAACACCAAAUAAUUUCCCAUUCAAAAGCCUAGUUAGAACCUCUCGUAAUCAACCACCUCUUGUAAGUGAACAUGACCACUUUUUAUGAUGACAAUUGUAGUAUUUUCCAUUGGUUUUAACCUGCCACCAUAAUGCAAUGGUCUGAUUUCUGUGUUCGCUGAAUGUACUACGCAAUUGAGAGUAUGAGAAGAAAUUUUAGAAACAAUAUGGAUUUACCUAUGUUGAAACCUAGAAAUGGCAUGCAAUGCAUUCUCUUUUAAUAAAAAGUAGAUGUGUCCGCACUUGUCCUCAUAAAAGGAUCCGCUGAAGUUUAACUCUCAUAGCAACCACCUCCUGUAAAUGACCUCUAACUCUACGCAUUUUAGGUGGUCACCCACAGGAGGUUUGACUACAUUUAUUUAGUACAGUAGUUGUUUCUUACAUAACAUUCUUGAUAAUUUAUUUACAUGUACAUUCCCUAGGUUGAAGAACUAGCCAUUUUGUAUCCCAAAGCUAUGGUUAUUAUUGAUGGAUUUAGUUUGUACCAGUCUCUGAGAGCUUGCCGAAAUCAGCUGGCUAGGGGUAAACACUUAUGAUGUAACAUAACAUACUCUGUAAUUAGCUCUUAUUAUUAAACCUGAAAAGCAACUUAGUAGACACCUUCAGUGUUAGUGCAUAUAAUUCCCAGUGUUCCAGCCAGAGUGCACCAUUGCAUGAAUCCCACAAAAGAUCAAGAGAUGGCCACCACCAAAAGCGUUCAAGGGCCAUUAUGGCCCUUUCCUUCUUUAAUUCUGUGGGCUUAAAAAUGUCUCUGUUACUUAAACUACAAUAAUUUUCCAAUAAACAGAAUUUUUAAUCUAAAGAACAACGACUCUGUACCUUUGUACACAACUAGAAGAUCAAUCGAUGAAUCUUCUUGAGUAUACCUGAUUUACAAUGAGUGGUCUGGAGACCACUGAGCCUCAACUUGGCUUAUGUAUAUAUCGCAGGAGCUCAGGCUAGCAUGACGUUCUUGCCUGAAAAAGAAUAAACCUGACAAACGCAUCUUCGAGGUCUAUCGAAAGUUUUUCCUCAGUAUGUAACGAAAAAGUGGAUGGAGGCGAAGCAGUUCAGAAGAAGCGAAAGGAAGCAGAUCUUGACGGUAAAGUGGAAAAUAAAAUGGAAAAAAAAACUUCCCUUUUUUAUUGCAUACAUUCUGAUUGUACUGUUUACUUUAUACCAAGAUGUAAAAAAAGGGAUGCUCCAUGUCAGCUUCAAGUAAACUGCCAUUUUCAUUUCCUUAAAUUUCCAACUGUUUCUUCUCUUUUGCAUAUUAGAAAGAUACUGGUACAUUGGCCCUUUCUUGAAAAAUCUGGCCCCCAAAAAUGGGUUGUAGGGGCCACUUUGGCCCUCAAGCAGAAUUUUCUGGCUGGAACACUGAUUCCAACUUUAAUGGUGGCCAUACUACUUUUAUUUGAUAUUUAUCAACCCUCCAAGUUAAAGUUUUUGCUUGGUUGCCAGUUGGCAGCCAACUCUUUUGGUUUAAUAGGAACACUUUUUUACAAAUCAAGUCACCAGCUCUAAAAUUUUGGGUCCCAUGGCGACCAAAAUGGUCACACUUGGAGGGUCGUUUAUGUUUAAUAAUUAGCCUUUUUUGCAUAAAUUUCACCUUUAUACAUACUUGACUCCAAGGCUUAGGGGAAUAAAACAAAAGAAAUGUAUUAUUCAUUUCUGAGCCUCAAGAGGAUUUCUUUUGUUUUACAUUUAUGUAUUCCCCAUAAGCCUCGUUGCCAAUAUCUGGAUUUAAUACAAAUUGAAGUUGGUCUAUUCAAAAGAAAUUUUACCUUGUAACAAUGAGACAUUAAGGACCAACUAUUUGAAAAACAAUAGAAAAACAGAAGCUUUUGCCAUGGAGUAAGGCGUAUCAUCCCACACUUUUUUGUGGGGUGGGGGGUGUCAGAAUGGCUGGGGAGGAAAGAACAUGGAGGGAGAUGGUAGAGAGAAUACAGUAGAACUUCUUUGUGUGACCACCCCUCAUAAGUGACCACUUCCCAUAAGCAACCACCUAUCCAAAACACCCAAACUUUCCCAGUCAAAGCUGUAUAGACCAUGCACAAUCAUUUCAGGGCUGACAGUUUAAUAGCAGAGCUCCACACAUGUGCAAAGCACAUGCAAAUGGAGCCCCAUAGCUAAGAAAAUUUGGUUACCUAGCCAUCCAAGAAAUUUUGGUAGUCACUUGAUCAUACAACCACCCACCCGCCCGCUUGCUUGUCCAUCUGCACGACAGGGAAACCAACAUGAAAUGUUCAUCUUCUCGCUGCCUGGUUAGCUCAGCUGGGAGACCGCCGGUCUGCUGAGCUGAAGGUCGCAGGUUCAAACCCCAGCCGGACCAACACUCAGGAUCUUUAAAUAACUGAGAAGAAAGUGCUGCCUUUGUAAAGACAUCUGCAAAUGGUUAGGCUUUCUAGUCUUCUAGGAUAAGGAUGAAAAACCGUAGGUCCCAUCUCACAGCACUUACACUGAUUUGUUCAUGUGGGGCAUAAAAUAACCCACAUCACUAUAAUUCGAAAAGAGUAGGGGUCGUACACCCUGGUGGUGUGGCCAACCUUUAUGGGCUGUGGGAUUGGGUAGGGAUGGCGCCUCGCAUGGGACCUGAUCAAGUCCCGCUUGUGCACAUUCCCUCUGGGCAGGCCUGUGUCCAGAAAAGCUGGUAAAUAAAUAAAUAAAGUGUGAUUGCCUGCAUCCUGAUAUUGCACAUCCUUGUUGUGGUCAAUUGGCAGCUAUCAAAAUGGGGUAUCUACUGAUCACUUUGGCCAUAUAAAAAUGGUGGAGGGGGUUGGGUGUUUCCUGAGAUACCUGUAAGCUCUUUCUUAUGAAGAGCUGACUUAACAUCAGUGAUUAAUUUUCUUGAAAGAGAUUAUUGGGGUACCCUGCAGCUUAGAUAUGCUAUCAUGCAUUAUUCAUGCCCACUCAAGUGCUUCCAAACAGUCUAGUCAUGUUCUAACUAAUUUUCGGAUUUUCUUAUGUGUUUCUUAUUAGCCCAAGCCAGUGGAUUAUCAGAACUUAUUGGACCCCCUCCUCUGGCUUAUAAGAAGUGGAGAUUUGAUGGUCAAAACUACAUAACAGAUAUCGCUAGUUGUGGUGAGUUAUAGAUACAUCCGCUAGUAGAGUAGAAAUACUUUCACCAUACUAUUCAGUAGAAGUUCAUAAACAAACAAGGCGAUGACAGGUGCUUUGGUUAGCCUGUGUACCAUAACAUGGGCUGCCUGUGUUAGUGUGCAGUCACCUUUACAACCAAAAAUUAAAGAUUUCAUGCUUGGUAGAUUUAUCAAGAUGCACACAGGAGUAGACUGCAAACAAGCUCCUAGCUCUGGAAAAGGGCUGUCACUCAUCUCACAUCUCCAGCUCCCUGGUUAAAAGCUAUGGCUUACAGGCUGGAAGAGGAGCUCCACUAUAAGCUGAAAAUACUUGUGGUCUUUCUUCCAGGUGUUGUUCCUCCAAAUAUCUUUGAUCGCCUUCAAACAGCCUCUUUUUUGGGUGGUUACAAUGCAAAUAUUAGUGGAAACAUGCCAGCCAUGUCGCAUUAUGUGACUACAGGAAUGGAUCCUUUUGUGGCAGUUUACACUGCAGUUGAGGUACAUAUUUGUAGGAUGUUUCAGUAAUGUUAAUGAUUAAUUUGAGCUGAUGCUUUGCUAUUUUUUGCCAUUUGUAUGAGGUUGACAUUUAUGGGUUUUAAUAAUGUUUGUAAUCAUAAUCAUGGUAGUUUUGGGGCAAGCUUAAAUUGGUGCCAGUCUAUUAAGACCGCAUUCUUAGUUAGCAUCUGUUUGUUAAUCAAGGCAAAGUAAGGAUGAUUUACAAUACAAUACCUGCUGGAGCUGUAGCCUGUGUCAUUACUGGCACACUUGUGCCUGUGUGGUUGCCAUUUGAACUGUGUCAAAUCAUCAUGAUGCUCAAACCUGAAACAGAAAUUUAAUGCUGAAAGGAUACUCUAUACCCAAAGUGGCAAUAUUUGUCUUGGCCUGAGAAGUGUGAUAGCUGUCUAAAGUCAUUUACUUCUGUUGUUAAUUCUUUAUUUUUCGUACAAAGGGAAGUUCACCUGCUUUGAUUUCUGAUGUUGCUUUAGAAGUGGCCAGCAAAUUAACAACAGCAGUGCUGUCUAAAAUCACAGCAGCAAGGUAAGAAUAUUUUCAUUAAUAGUCAUGUAGUAUGGCAAACAAAGAUAUAGUCAAGAUAACUAUGAUCACAAACUAUUGGUUGAUACUUUAUUACAGUUUCCAUUAAGAUAUGUUGCCUAGUUUUUGCAACUUAUUCACUUUCUUUGCAACUUAUUGUUCUCCAAGCCUAUUAAAGGAGCUGUGUCACCAAAUUUAUCAAAAUUAUUCAAACAGUGGGAACUGCCACCAAGUUACUCAACUUGGUGGCGGUUCCCACUGUUUGAAUAAUUUUGAUAAACGUGAAGAAGAUUGAAACGGAAUGCAAUUGUGGUGUUAGAAAACUUGUUAGCCUUGCAGUUUUUCAAGUGAAUAAGGAUGCAUAUAUAACUAGCAUUAGAAACAAUUUGAUUUAAUCCAGCAUUUGCCCUACGUAAAAUGCAUUAGAUCUGUUUAAUCUACAAACAACCCAAUAUAGCCUUAAGUACUCAGAAUUUGUCAUCCCAUGCUUAUGGACUGACACAGUAGCGCCGCCUAUCUUGGGACACGAGAAAUGCAAGCACUUUGAGUCAUUUUAAGAAAUCAAUAAGGCAAAUAGAUCUCUCAAACUUAGUUAGUAAUGAAUGUGGACCUGACUGUUUUCUUUGGAGCUCAUAGACAUAUUAAGUAGCAUUUGAAUAGAACAGUGUUUGGUAUUUUUGAUAUCUUAGACAUUUAUUUAACAUUUACUGUUAUUAUUUUUGCUGUGUUACUGUGUCUCCAAUAAACAGGUAUGCUAAAGUACAUAUACUUUGAUUCACAGAUAAAGUUAUUAUUAUUAUUGUUAUUAUUAUUAUUAUUAUUAUUAUUAUUGUUAUUAUUAUUAGCCAUGACAGUACAUCCAGUUCAAGUGUUGGUGCAUAUUUUGCUUUUGCAUUAUUGUGAUUUACAGUCUCACAAUAAUUGUCUUCCUUCCCAAUAAUUGUGAGUUCCCCAUUGUGUCUAAACAGAUACUUUUUUGAUUUAUUUUUUAGUGGCUGGCUUGGGUGGGGAAGCAAGCCAACAAGUCAGGCAAAAGAACCAACAAAACCACUAAAACCAAAGGUGGAAAAGGGAACUUCUCUGUCAGCCAGGUUUGUCUCCUUAAUUCAUUUUACUGUGAGAAGGCUUUUUGAAAUCCUUUGACAUACUCUGAUUUAAGGUCAUGUGUUCUUUCAUUGCUAGAUUUGGUUUGCCUGAUUCUCCUCGUCAUGGGAACAGUAUCACACUAUCACCAAAUGGCCGUUUGGCGGUGACAACUGAUGAAUUUGGUCGCGUGAUGUUACUGGACGCAAAGAGGGCAAUAGUGGUUAGACUAUGGAAAGGUGCAUUAUUUUAUUUUUUAAUUACUGAAUCUGUACUGGGUUGCCAAUAACCGUCGUGACCUUUAUCAUUGCUAUUAUUGUCAUCAUCAUCGUCAUCACCAUUGUCACCAUCAUCAAUUCUCUGUCAGCAUAUUAAGCUCUUCAAUUAGGCCAUGAACAUAGCAUUUAUCACGCACACAGCAUCUCAUUUGUUUUGUAUUAUGGUCAGAUCUAUGGCUCAGUACUUCAGCCUUUAUCAUGAAACUUGGCCACUCUUGUCUCUCCUACAGUGUGUGCCACUAACAUUUACUGGAUCAUACGUUACAUGUUGUGUUUAUGUACCUUUUAGUUAUGUGGCAUUUAACUGUUUUCUUCUAUUGCUUUGUAUUUACAAACUGUUUAUAUAAAUGUUUUCUCUAUCUUUUUUACCAAUUUAAAUUGCUGGUAGGUUAUCGUGAUGCUGAAUGUGGCUGGGUGAUGGUGGAGGAGGAAAAUCAUCACAACGAGGGCGAGUUACCCAAGUCUUCACUGAGAACAGCAUUGUUCCUUGUUAUUUAUGCAACAAAAAGGGGAAUUUUAGAGGUAUAAACUAAGCUCUCUAAAUCAUUUACCAGGUAUUGUAUUAUUUGCUUAGCACAAUGACAUACAAAAAUAGCGCGAAAAGAAAAACUAAGAAAUCUUAAUGGGUUGUUAAAAUAAUUUUAUGCUUGCAGUACUUCAAAGAAAUAUUUCUAAAUGAUCAAAAUGUGACCUUACAAUUUAUUGUAGUGUCUUGGUCUCUCAAAUAAGCUACCAGAUCUGAAAUCCAAAACACUUGAUUUGGAAAAUUUCUCAACCAAGGGAAGUUUCUCUAUUUUUACACAGUAAUAACAAUGCAAUUCUGUCAAUAAGCCAACUGCAGUGACGUGAAAGCCAGAAACCACGUACUGGGGGAUUGAAAUAUUAAUCCCAAUUUACACUGAUCAGAUGUGAAUUGUAUUGAAAUAUUAUGGUCCUGCAAUAAUUUUCAAAAUUGGCCAUUAAUUUGUAAAAAUAGCAUUACUGAUUAAUCAUCAAGAUUUUUUUUCAGAUAUGGAGAACUGAACAAGGGCCUCGUGUGGCGGCAUUUAAUGUUGGGAAGGACUGUAGGUUAGUAACAAAACAAUAAGAAAAAUGGAUAUAUAAAUUAUUUAUAACUUAUUUAUUUCUGGCAUAAUAACACAGGUCAUAAUCUUAGCUGUCCAUAAUUAUCCGUUGUGUGUGGAUUUGAUUUCAGGCUCUUGUAUGCUGGGCAUGGAAUUAUGGGAUUAGGUCAUGUGAUCAGGCAGGGGCAGGCUUCACCGCAGCACACACUGAACUGUACUCUGAUCCAGGGUGAUGGAACAUUAAAGACAUUCACAGUUCCAUUCCAUUGUGCUCUAAGGUAAGUAGUGUACAUGUACUUACAGAUGUUUUAAAUAGGCUUUUACAAGAACUAAGUGAUUUCUCACACACUGAUUGGUCGACAGCUAUGGUCGAUGAGAGUACAGACCCUGACAAUGACUUGAUUGUGGUGCAGUUUGUUUAACUCUUUCUUGCACGCGAGAUUUUCCAAGAAACGUAAGGGGAAAUGGACGUCAAAGACUGUCAGAGUGUUAUUGUAAAAAUCAAAUUGACAACAAUUUUCCAUGGCUUAUACUCUUAUCAACCAUAGAUAUGAUGUCAAAAUCAGUGUUCAAAUAAAAUGAAACCACUCACCUGCGGCUUUUGAUUCCACUUGAGUUUUGAACGUUUUGAUAUCCUCUCUGUGGUCAAUAAGAGUACAGACCACGGAAAAUAAGUCAAUUUGUUAACUGGACUGGUCUAGGAUAGUAGUGGUGACGAGAAUAUAUUAUUAUUGUUCUUGAUAGAGGUAAAUGAAUAAACGUUUAAAGCUUUAUUCGACUUGCACGUUUAUUUAUUCACACAUUUCAUCUCCUUUUAAUGCAUGUUGCAUUGACGGUAUAAAAAUCAAUCCCAGGUUCAUUAAGUUUGAUUCAAAUGCCAGUACUGGGAUUUAGUGUGGAUUUCAGUAAAAAAAAAGUGGAAACUGUUCCGACAACUUUCUUUUUCUUUAUUGUGUCUUUAGCGACAAGCACAGUAAAAGAGUAAGGGACCUUCAUUUGCUGAAAAAUCUUUCUGCUGUUUUGGAUAAAGCAAAGUUAGGCCAAGGUAAGAAGACUUAACAUUAGUAGUAACAAUCACUGUUAACACUCACAUGUCAAGUUGUUGGUGGCAAAUUAACAUACAUUGUUGUCGCACUUGUUAUGUGAUGAACGAUACAAAAAACGCUGUUUGCAAUCUGUCUACAUUCCCUGUCGUGAUAAUUUAUUGUUGAAAAGCUUACUGACUUCUUCGCCUCUUCCCUACAGUGUUGAUUUUUCAGCCGUUUAUGCCCAAGUAAACCUGUGAAAGCAACAGUGAGGGAGGGAGAGGGAAGUGAUACAUGUAUUCUAUCCUGCUAACAAGCGCUCCAUUAAUAGUGAGCGAAGCGAGCUGCAAGAGAACGUGCGAGUGAGCGGGGAAGCCGCGAGGAGCACUCGCGUCUCCUCUCGCGUGACUUCCCGCGACUCCCCAAAUGGAGAGCUUACUCACAGGCUACAAGUAUUCAUGAACCCAUAUAGAUUAUAUUGUGUUUUCUGAAAGUGUUUCAACAAAUGAUGACUUGGAUUGUAGCUAUCCAUGAUCGCACCCUUUACUAUAGAGCGUUUUUACGUGACAUCAUGUCUGCCAUAUUCAUUGCUGUCCCCCCAAAAAAAAAAAAAAAAAAAAAAAAAAAAAAAAAGAUGUGUGCAUGUUGGUGUCCUCAGCCAGUGUUUUGAGAGUGGAACGUCCCUCUUCAUGUCUAAACGUUCUUUUUUUGCGUUUAAUUUUCAAGCUGUGCUGGCUAUGUGAGUGAAAAGGAUUUAUACCCGCUGUGCCUUCCGGUCGAUAAUGUUUCUUCUUUUUUUUGUUAACUAAUGUUUAGAGACCCAGGCUGGUGAUAGCAAUAAACUAGAAGUUGAAAAGACUUUGUUAGAGAUCCUCAGUGAUAUACAGACUCCUCAGUUGCAUCAGCAGGUACAAAUACUUCCCCUAAGAUAGCAAUGAGUUUUAGAAACUACCUCCUCUUUGCUAUUCAUGUAGCUUCCCACGCGGGCGUUAAAAACGCCUGCGUGGGAGGCUACAAUUCGUGAUCAUGAAGAUAAAGUCGUUAUUGUCAAGGGGGUUUGAAACAUUGGAUGCUAAUUCCCAUGGCAAAAAACUGAAGUGUCUAUUGCUAUUUCUUUAAGAAUUGUUCAUAGAUUUUAUUACGAAGCUAUAGCCAGACCCCUUAAAUGAAGUCAUGUAAAAAUAAAUCACAGACAUCUCAUUUUCAUAUCUAAAAAAGUGGCUAUCAAAUGAAAUACUGCUUAAUGUAUGUCUGAUAAUAUGUACAUGGGACAGACUAACCAGAAAAGAUUUUGCAACUCAAGAACCCCUAUUAAAAGGCUUUGAAAGCUCUGCUGAUACUAUGGACCUUAAGCACGGACGACGACGACGGCAGUGAAAACGACGGUAAAAAAAUGAAUUUGCGUUCUUUCAAACUUAAUCGCGUCUAUUUGGAUCCGCUCAAUAUGUCAAAUGCAGGCGACUUUUCCUGGAGUUCAAUUCUUAAGGAUUUUAUUCAGGCUCAAAAAGAUGAAGGGAAAUUCGUCGUAGUAUGUCCACGUCCUCCAUAAAGCGUCAAAUUAGGAGGUUUCACGUCGUAAUCAUGCAGUGGACGUCAAAGAAAUGUACUAAAAAGCGUGACGUGUAUAGCUGUUGUUUUGAUCUUUAAACCUAUUGUUUUUUGAAGUCGUCGUUGUGGUCGUCGUCGUGGUUGCUUAAGCUCCCUAUCAGCUUGUGUAGUAAACGUUUCCGUGCGGUUUCGGAGCAAAUAACGAGAAACGAGAGUCGAAAACCGCUGGCGCGAAAAAUGGCGCGAGUAAAAGGGCGGGGAGGCCCUCGUUCCAUUUUUCGCGCGGCCAAAACCGGAAAUCCCGUUCCUCCGCGGUCUUUCGUUGUUCCGAAACCAAACGGAAGCGCUUGCUACGCAAGCUAUGUUGAUACCUUUUAACAAAGUUCCUUUGACGUACAUGUUAUAUGUUUGUUAUUCAUAUCUAGGCUCUGCAAUGUGUGUUGUCUACUGUGGGAAUUCCUUCCUCAACCCUUCUCAAAGCUGUAAUGGCUGUCAUUGAGACAUCACAGAAGAAAGGUAUACUUAGUAAAUUAGGUCUGUCUUUGUGUGGAAAGUUCUUGACCUUAUUUUGUGCUGUACAAGUGAAUGCCAGAUUCUAUCCCCGAAAGGGAGACCCCAAAGUGUGACCAUUCAAAUUAAAGGUAAUGAACAGUACUUUCCUGUGGUACUGUUUAUUUAUCUGUACAAAGCGGUUCAUAUGUUUGAGUCCGUUCAGGAUGAAUCAUGAAGUGUGACCUGAAAUGAAAGCAAUUGAGCACUUUCUUUCUGUGGUUAAAGUAUCGGUUCUGACUAGCAUCCUAAAGCGAGAAAGAGCGUGUGGACAUCGCUUCAUUUUUCAACGUUUUAGGAAACGGAUUGUUGGGACUUUACGUUGAUCGGGCUGUAUUUUACUCUUUAUUAGGUCACAUAUCAGAUGAUCAUAGUGAAGACAAAGAAGCUGACACUAAGAUGCUGCUGGAUUUCUGUUCUGUUCAGAAGCAGUUGAUACAAACUCAUGACUCAGUUUUGAAACUUUAUAGAGAUGAAGCAGGAUCCACUGAGGAACCUUGGAAAGGAAAGAGCAAAGAACUUGUAAGUAAAAGAGGAAAAGGUUGUAGUAAAAAGUUUUCUUGAAAGAGGAUUUUUAUCUAAAUUAUGAAACAAACAGAUCGAGAGAAGUGUUCUUUAUUCUGAUAGUGUCCUUGGCUCUCUUUAGCUAGUGGAGAGAUCGAUUCUUUAGGGAGCUUUAGCAACGACUAUCGCUACGGCAGCAAAAACGUCAUAAUUAAAAACAGUUCGCGUUUUUUCAAACUUUGUCGCGUGUAUUCCAACUCGCUGAAAAUAAAAAAUGUGGGUGAAUUCUCUAAAGUUUAAUUCUUGGGGUUUCUCUGAGAGUAACUCACUCCACUCAACAGACAACUGCACCCCCUCACCACACCCUCUCGUGUGCACCCGCCUUGAGUUAAUUAACCGUUUGACUUCUUGUGUAUUAUUUUCAGUCUGUAGCAAAUCUCCUUGGUCUUACUAAGUCAGAAGCAACUGAGCUACUGACGUCUCUGAGCGGAAACCAGUCAACUCAACAGACAACCUCAUCCCCUGCCCACACCCUCUCGUCUUUUACACCUCUAUGUAUCACUGCUUUUCUUGGCUGCUUUGAAUGUGCUUCAGUAACUCAACAGAGCAAGGAAACGGACGAUACGAGGUUUGACAACAAAGCUGGAACAUCAGGCGCGGGAUCAACAAUCCCUGUUGCAAUAAGAAAAGGUCUUUCCAGUGAUAUGACCGUUCAGCUUGGUAAGUUAACAACACUCCAGCAUUCGAAAGCCUUACCAACCUCGUCCCCAGUGAUUUUCCCUUCCCUCCCAUUUUCUUAGGGAAAGGCUCUGGGGACGAGGUGAAAGCCAUACCUAAGUUUACAAUAAAGUCUGAAUGAACACAAAUGUGACCAAUUGAAGAAGAGAAUAUUAAGUGCAAUAGCGUUUAGGGGAAUCUAGUAGUUUGUUGCCUGUUCUGUUUUAGCUGCAUAAGUUGAUUUCGCCACAGAACUAAAUUUUAGUUUCCCUUUUUUGUUGCAGCAAGUUUUCUUUUUAAGGUUAGUGGGAGUUUCUUUAUUACUAGUUAAAAAUAUUUAGGGCGUUAAUGCAUUUCCUUAUCCCCACACCUCGGUCGGGGCCCACCAAAGAGUUUUCAGUCACCAUUUUCAUAUAGACCAUAUAUAACACACCUUUUUUACCCCCCCCCCCCAAAAAAAAAAAAAAAAAAAAAAAAAUUGCAUAAUCAUUGUCUUCGAUUUUUCUUGGGACGACCCGACUGUAAUACCCAGGGGAAAUUGAAACCAAUGGUUAUGAGAAAUUUGUUGGGUAAAAGAAAGACUCGCUGACUUUUCGCUGGAGCCAAUAACAACCUCUGAUUUCAGGUUCAUUUUUUCCGAGUCGCCUUUGUCGCUAACUGAGAAAAUAAACAUAAUUUUCACUUUUAAAUUUCCUUUUUAGAAGUGCUUGUUCGGUGACUGUACCUCUGGGAGAUUAGCCAUUUGUUUUGAUUCAUCUGGCAUCAAACCUCAACAUCUUAUGGUAAGUUUUUACACGUAUCUCAUAGUUGUUACACCAGACCAGUUUUAACCUUGUGUUAUUCCUCCAUUUCCUUAUCUGCCUUUUAGUCUCUAAGAGCUUUAGGGCAUUAUGAAGAAACAGCUUUAAUACUAAUCUCUGUCACCGAAAAGCAUUUUUAUACCUCCUAACCCAGUCGAGUUUUCCGAUUGGACAAGAACUUUUCUUAUCACGUGCUUUGUGUCAGGACAAUCUGACUUCCUAGGACGAACAAAACACUCAAACUAUGUCCCUAGGGAACUUAAGACUCGCACGUGAUUAGAUCGUGUAGCUUUGUUUUCUCUCGACCCUCAAACAAAAUUCAGUUCCCCUUUGGGUCAGUCAUUCAGUGGUUAUUAUAGCUUAUGGACACAAGAUUCCAUCUCUCCCAAAGCUUUUUUAAACUCAGUGGUGUGGUGGUCAGUCCCCGUGCUGUUAUUCUGGAAGUGUAAAGAAGUGCUUGAUUGUUUCCUACUUUAUUUCUUGUAGAAUCUUCUUUUGUCUGGAUGGUUGUUGGAUCAGGAACCACAUAACGACCGUGUAGAAUGCCUGUUUUACCUUCACUCUCUCAUAUCUACGAUGAGUUCAUUUCCAGGUAAAUGAAAUGCACUGUGUAAUAGACCUGUCCACGGUGUUUUCAAUUUUUGAAAUGGACCAGUUAUGGAAAAACCACUGAGACCGCUGGAAUAAUAAUAAUAAUAAUAAUAAUAAUAAUAAUAAUAAUAAUAAUAAUAAUAAUAAUAAUAAAACAAAACUUUAUUCAUAGAUUUUAAAAAAAAAUAGACUAUUUACAGAUUCAAGAAUAUGAAAUAUUAAAAUAUAUACCCUAUGUACAUUUUUCUUGUCUACGAAAGAGAAUUGUUGUAAAAUGACUAUCUAAAGACUACUAAUAACAAUUAUAAAAAGGAUCAAAAAGUUGAUAAAAAAAAUAAAAACUAUUUAAAAAUAAUAAUUCAAACUGAUAAAAAGUUACUACUUAAAUUCUGGCUUGCGCACUUUCCGAUGUAAUGUCAAUGUCAGAUAUAAUAAUAAUAAUAAUAAUAAUAAUAAUAUUCGCAGCGCUUAUCCAUUGUCCCGUCACGGGGAACUAUGAGCCGAAACCGCGACUGCCUGGACAAUAGGCAUGCCGAAUAAUGAGGGUAUGUGACGUCAACCGCCACUAGGGGAGGUGGGAGGGGCGAAACUUUGAAGUCACUUCCACUGAACUCGGUUGAACUGGCCAAGAGGCAGGCAAAAACCAAGCCAUUCUAACCAAGUGCCGUAAUGCAACAUGCCACCAGCGCGCAGGCCCAACACGACAGAAUUUAAUGGAGUUUCUUAUCUCCUGUGUCACGGGCCAAUUGUGUAUGCAGUGAGAAUAGUACAAUUGUCAAUUUUGAAAAUGAUUUGUGGAAAACUAACGAAGAUUUGCCUCCUCAAAGUCGCGAAAUUUUACAGCCGUUUGUAUAGUAAGAGGCACAAACUUACCGCUGGCCGUACAAACGUCUGCGAACCUCUGUCAGCUUUGCGGAGCUUUAUUUUUGCUCGCUGAUUCAGUGUCACUUCCAUACUUGGCAAGUUUAUUAAUUCUAAGGCGCUCUUUGCAACAUUGUCGACGGAUGUUGCUAACUGAUCUUUUAUUUGUAAAAACGUGGAAGUCGUGAAAGGUUGUUUUCUUUGCGAUUGUGAUACUACGCAAAUGUUAACGUUGAAUUAGGGGAGGGGAAGGUGGGCAGGUUCCCAGGAACCUAAAUUGAUCCCAUACUCCUUUUCUGAAUAUCUAUAAGGUGGUCUACCGAGUGAAAGAGGCCAGUCACAUGACAAUAAUGUCUCGUUAUGGUGGGAGAAUAUACGUCACACUCUAGCCCAGUCCACCGUGACGAGCAGAGCGCUAUCUUUUGCUGCUGUCUGCCGAGCUGUUGCCAUGGAGAUCAGCACAGCAUCUAGGAAGGUAGAGGUAUGUAGUGGUCCUUAACUGUGAAACUCAGAACCUUUUGGCAAGACUCAGUGCAUCACCAAUUAUACUCAAUUAUGUUUUGAGAAAGUGAAACUCUUCUAUGAUAUCCUUCCCUUAAAGGGAGUACCCAAGAUUUGAUGAAAAGUGACUGUUAUGGUUAGAACUUAACAGUAGUGACGAAAAAGGUACUUAAAAGUUGACAGGGAAGUUUGUUGCUAGUGUGUAGGCGAUAAACUUGAUCAAAAGUAAAAUUGUGGUUUAUUCCCCGUCUGCUUAUCACAAUUGUCUUAUUGCAAAAAUAGUCAUGUUAAAACAUUUUAAAAAAUGGGACACAACAUUUUAGGUGGAGCAGAUAUAACGGCACCAAUCGACAAUUCUCCCAACCCCGUCACAAUAGGGAGCUAUAAUCGACGACGACGGCGACGGCAGCGAAAACGUCACUGUUUACUUGAAUUCGUGUUUUUCAAAGUUUGUCGCGUUUAUUCCAAUUCGCUGAAAAAGUCAAAUGAAGGACUAUUUCCCUGGAGUUGAUUUCUUGUGGACCGCAAUCAAGUUUAGAAAGGGAAAGAAAAAUUCGUCGUCCCUUGUUCACGUCCUCCAUAAAACGUGUAAUUAGGCAUUUUUCACGUCGAAGUCGUGCAGUGACGGCAAAAAAGCGUGAUACAUGUGUAAAAUUGUUGUUUUGCCUCAUAGACCUAUUGUUCUUUUGACGUUCUCGUUGUCAUUGCCAUCGCCGCCGUCGUGGUUGCUUAAGAUCCCUAAUAACACGCCAUCUAACAACACUGAUAUUUUGUUCUGUUAUCGCAGGGAGAAAUCGAGGAAGCCGACCGGGAGGAGCUGGCCGCGGGGGACUGGAUAUCCGUCUCCGUGGAGAUUGAACGGUGGAAUCUGUUAGUGUGUCAGCUGAGUGAUUUGCAGGCUCUAGCGGGCUUUAUUGGUAACCUAGCAACGCAAAGCAGUAAGGGAAAACAGGCGGGAGAUAACAAUGGGUCGCUUAGAGUCUCUGUAGUUGGUGAGGUUUGCUUCUGUUAAUGGAAUUAUAAAAUGAUCUUAAUUUGUCACUCAAUACUUUUCUGACAAACGCCUGGGCUACAGGGGUAAAGAGAAAUGAGUAUGCUGAGAAAAGAAAGUCAUCUUGCUGUAUUAACCAGGUACUUCACCACCUCUGCGUUGUAGGGUGGUUAAGAGUCGCCUGCAGUUUUGUCUGUCUUACUGACAAAAAGUACAGAAGCUGAGAUUCAACUUGAACGAAAUAAAGCGUGGUCAAGAGUUCGUCUUCUUACUGAUAUUAGAGACCUUCAGAUUCUACGACUACGAGAACGAUAUUUUCUCAACAUUAAGUGAUGCACGCGCGUGAACCCAGCUUUAUUUUGGUGGGAAAAGUGAUUCUAGUACGGUUCUUAGCCAAAAUGUCGUAGUGACGGAAACACGUUAUCCAGUGUUAGAAGCUUUAUCACUUUUCGCAGAUCAGGAGAGGGCUUAACCUCCUUCAAUAGAAAUAACCGUUUUAAUUUUUCUGGUGAAAAGAAAUGAAUAAAAUAAAGCUUUCCGGAGAGUUUUUUUUUUUAAAAUACGCGAAAAGAAAAACUUUAAGUCCUGGAGCUCGAAUCUAAAGAUCUCCAUUUGUAAAUGUAUAACUGUCAACCUUAUUCAGUAGUUGACUAUCAACUCUCCCUUCAUAGGUUUCCUAAGUUCUGGUUAUGGUGCAGCUUCUAAAGUGCUAUCAAGAUACCUCAUACAGUACGAGAUACCAGCCAGAAAUCUGGGACCAGUGCGCGCAUGCGCAGCUCGGAAGACGGAGGAAGAACUGCAGAGCGAGACUGGAGACGACGAUCGUCCCGAGAUGGAGCCCGAACCUCAGACUAACACCGAGCUGGAAGGUUUGUUUGUUUCUUUGUUUUACGUUGACGCGUUGCCCUUUUUAAUGUGUUUACAAUCCUCGCAUUUUGCCUUACCGUAUUUACUCGAUUAAGCGCUGAAUCCAAUCAGUAUUGUCAAAGAAUUUGUGAAAAAAAAAAACUCAGUACAACUUUGUAAUCUACACUAUCCAGACAACUACGAUUCUAUCUCAGCAAAAAACUGAGACUUUGUAACUUAACUCCGCCCGCAACUCAUGCUGACGUCACCUAUUGAUAUCAAUGUGCCAACCAGAAGCGCAGUAGUUCUUGUAUCAAAAGAUUCUUUUCUUUCACUUGUUACAAAUUUGAAUAACACAAACAAUGUUUGUAAACGGUGAUGUCUCCUAUAGGAAACGCAAAAAAUAUAAUUAACAGCGCGGUGUUUAAUCAAACAAAUUGGAUCCCACACGUUGGCAGAAGAGGAGUUACUUUACGACUCACCUUAUGGUUCUAUUAGGAAACUUUAAACACUUUCUCGUAAUAAGCUAGCAUCCUACCCAAACAAAGUGUUUAAGUUAAGCAUUAAUUUUCUGAACAAGAUUUUAUGUGUUUCAGGUCUUGAUGAACUUCGACUAAGGUUUGCAAAUAGUCUAAAUCAUGAUGUACUGUGGAGUCACUGUGUUAUGGAAUGUUUGUCAUACUGGCAAUCCAACAAAGAAGUAUGUUUAAUAAUUUAGCGCCAUGUUCUCCAUGACCAACUUACUGUUAGAAACAGCCAAAGAUAACUUGGCCUACACGCAGAAUACUUUUAUUAUGGCGUUAGGCACGCGUAACGACAGGGCUUAAAAGCGGCUGAUUGGUCGAAGGGUUGUGACGUAAAAUAGCCAUCUAGCAGUUAAAGCCUUUUUUAGGGCCUGUCACGCGUAACACAUUUUUCCCGCGACCAGCAACAUUUGCAUUCUUUUCGAAAAUAGCGUCGUUUUCUUGUUUUCGCGCGUUCAUAUAUCAGGUACAAGAUUUUUCUCGCGUUUGACACCAAUCAAUCAUGUCAGUUUUUGCAUUGAAAUCUCACUGGCUAAGGCAAAUUUUCUCUGUCUUUACAUGUAGUUGUUGCAAAUAACACUUUUCUUUGUAACUUCCAGCAUUAUUUGCUAAAUCAAAUGCAUAUUACUGUCUACUCCAUUUUCAAUUUCAGGAGACUGGAAAGUUAUUUCUUGCACUGGAACACCUAAGCUGUAUACACUGCUCUGUUCUUCAGCAUGGUUUGUUGAAAUUAUUCACUUUUUCAUUGCUUCUGUCUAUUAUUACAUACCGUAAAUCCUCUAUUAAGCCCCCCCCGGAUCAGUGCUCAUGAAAUGUUAAAAUCCUGAUUAAUUAAUGCAGUCUAUCAUUUGAGAAGAAGAGGUGGGAAGGGUUGGAAGAAGGCUUAGAGCGAAGGGGGCCUUAAUAGACGAUUUGUUGUAUUCUUCAUGACUUUGUUAUGGCUUCUUUAGGUCUUGCCAUCACGUUAUGGAAACGAUAUUUUAAAGAAAAGGUGUCAGCCACUGUGAUGUUGAUGGAAAAGGUUUGUUGAUUAAUAAUCAGCAAAAUAUAGUAACGUAGAAUAGAGCUGCAAUGAAUAUUUGGAAACAAGACAAAAAACCUUAUUUGCUCAAGUUUCGGAGUUAAACCAAGAACGUCUGUAGAAUCCGUCGAGAAUAGAACCCAUGACCUCCCUGGAAACGAUAGGACGUUCUUGGUGUUGAGCUACGUGGAGACUGGUGGCGAGUUAGUUUUACGUAAAUCCCAGUUCCCGCUGGUUACCAUUUGAGCCUGUAUUCUCCACGUAAAGUAAGUCGCAGGUCUUCGGGAAACUUUGCAAGAGCAACGGAAAAGUCGUAGAUCCUUAGAGCAUUUUCCUCAAAAUUUUCGGAAAUGUUUGCAAUGCUAAUGAAAACUCGACCCGCGUUGCUGACUAACUUAAAAGAGGGACAAGAAUCACGGGUAAAGAUCGAUGAAAACAUCGACAGGUUUUCAAAGAAAAACAGCAUUGAUUGUUUUGUUAUUUAUAUGGUGUGUUUUGAUCUGCUCAGGUUGGCAAAGCACCGAAAGAUCGACUCUGUCGAAAGGUUAGUAUCCUUACUACAAAUAUCUGUUGAACACGUCUGUUACUUGAUAUUCUACUUAUUGAUUAAAAACAAUGGUUUAUUCACACACACAGUUUGUGAGAGAUUGAAUUACCAUGCCACUGGACUGCAACUAAGGCCCGGUUCAGACGCCGAUCUUUUAAUUAAGUACAUAAAAAGUUUCGCGUCUGAGUCAAUUAGGAAUGCCUAUUUCAAUUCAGACGACUCAGCCGUUCUUCACGCCUAGCCCAGCCGAGAAUUCUGACUUAAGAACGGCUUUGAUUCAGACGCCGAACUUUUCAGGUACCGAACCUAAUGCAUAAAUUAUAAUAACGGAUUUUGCAAGCAUUUUGACCAACAUUUUCUCCUUUUGAACGUAGUUCGGCUGGAAUUAAGAUCGGCGUCUGAAUCAAUUCAGUCGGUUUAAAUAGUUUGGGUCGGCCUUAAUUCGAAUUAGGUUCGGCUCAUGAAAAGUUCGGCGUCUAAACGGGGCAUAAGGAUUCGUUCACACGGCAUCGAACAAAUUUUCGGCUAACAAAUUUGACCGGACACUUCCACACGGGACGGUUCAAUAUUUCUGCUCUGUUUACACGAACCUUGAACGUCUAUAUUUUCGUACGGUUAAGGUGGUUCCGUGUGGAUGGAACACCUAAACGCACGAAUUUUCAACUUGCCGAAAAAACGUCCAAUGCCGUGUGAACGUUUCCGAAGAAUCGUUAGUAAGUAAGUAAGUAAACGGCAUUUAUUUGUACACGGUAAGAUUAUAGCAACGCUGAUGUGGUCUUGUGAAAAAUUAAAAAGUAAUAAAAACUAUUUACAUAAUUAAGAACUAAAAAUAUAAAAGCUAAAAAGGGAUUAAAAACUACCAAUAGUACUUUACAAUGCAUAAAAUCCAGAAAGCAAUUUUUAACAGAGUGUUAAAGAUUUUCUAAACAGGUAAUUUUUCUCGUAUCAUUAUCUAAAUUGUUCCACAGAUAAGCACUCAUAUAUCGAACGGACUUCUUGACCAUCUCGUUUGUUAAAUCUUUAAACGCCAUCUCUUGUAGACUGUAGAUUUAAGUUAUGGUGCUCUGGAGCAGUUCAUGAAGGCCACCAUACAGCUUCUGGAACUGAUAAUCAAGGUAAACUUUCUAUCUCUUGCUUAUGAUUUAAUGGUUUUUGGGUAGUUUGCGCGAGUCGGUUCGUAGGAUAUUAGUCCGAUAUUUCUUUUUCCCGAAACUGAUUAUUUUGCUCAAAGUUGUUUCUCAGCGCGUAGAUGUCUAAAUUUGGUCGUAGCUGCAUAAGAGAGUCGGGGUGGUGGGUGGGGGUUAACGGUUCGACGUGGUUGUACAACGUCCCAUUUCCAUACAGCUGUGUCAAGGCUCAAGUAGUCUAGCGUUCUUUUCAGGAUCUUCACAGGAUUUGAACCAGCUUAAACAGGAAACCCUAUGAUAGAAAAUACAGGAAUAAAAAACAAAUUCAAUGCCUUGCAUAAGAAAAGAUAAAAUCGCGUCUUAGCAAAGAAUAACACUUACAAAUAUUUGGUGGCUUUGAUACACAAAAGGUUUUGCUUGGUCUUUUUAACUUUUUUAUUCCUUUGCUUUCCUGUUAUGGUUAAAAUGCCUUCUUUUGUUCUACAAUGAUAGAUUGAUUGGAAUGAUUCUGAGAUUAUUUCACCGGAAACGGAGGAUUUCUGGCACGCGGGAGAAACGUAGGUGGAAAGUUCCCAGUAUCUUGACGAACCUCUUGGUCAGCUCAGUUGGGAGAGAGCGGAAGGUCGCGGGUUCAAACCCCGGCCGGACCAACACUCAGGGUCCUUUAAACAACUGAGAAGAAAGUGCAGCCUUUGUAAUGAUACCUGCAAACGGUUAGACUUUCUAGUACUUUGGGAUAAGGACGAAAACCGUAGGUCCCCUCUCACAGCAUUUUCCCUUAUCUGGUUCUUGUUGGACGUAAAAGAACCCACAACACUGUUCGAAAAGAGCAGGGGACAUAAACCCCGGGGGUGUGGCCAGCCUUUCCUGGGCUGGGUGGGUUAUCUGUAAGGAGGCAUCGUAAUAUAAGGAUAACCUCCCUCAGGUGUCGUAACGGCUACGUAUAUAUAUCGUUGGGUACUUUCCGCGGUGAUUGUCAGCUUAACUAUAAUGACUCGUGAAGCGAGACGGUCAAUACUGAUUUUCUUUGAUUUUCAGGAAUGUCAGGUCCAUUAUAGAGGAGGCUCAGGAGCAGUCAAGAAGUAAUGCACCGUUGGUUGCGCUCCACGCAAAGUUGGUCACUGUUUUGUGGAUAAUCAUGGGUCAGGAAAUGAAAAGUGUUAAACCACUCUCUCUUUUCAAUACCACGGUAAACAUCGAAACAUAAUGUUUCCUGACCCUGUUAAACGCAUCACUCAUACUUAACGAAACGUUACCCCUCAGAGUCCGAAACAAACCCUCUUAUUCCACGUCGGAACCUGAAAGAUUCCGAUCGUAUGCACUCGUUCUGAUGGUUAUGCCAAGGACAGACAACAAUCUAAAAGGAGAAAAAAAAGCCAUUAUUAGAAAUCCAAUGUCAGGUACCAAACCUCAAGAGAGAAUAAGUUUUGUUCUUGGUCAUUUUGUCGUUUAACUCAGCUGUGAUCGCGUAACAAACCUUGAUCAUGUGAUAAAGGUACCCAAGCUUAUGCGCUAUGAUUUGUUAGCAUCUGAGCGGAAAUUGUUUGUUUGGUGAGGCUAAAUUGGAUGAUUAUAAUUAUAGGUUCCAUAAGAAGGGUUUUACGGUAGAGGGUUAAGCGUUGGUUUACCGUAAAAUUCCGAAAACAAUCCCCUCCAUGUAUAAGCCCCUCCAAAUAUAAGCCCCCCAAACUCGUAACGCAAAAAACCCUCAGUUAAAUCGCCCCUCCAAAUAUAAGCCCCCCCGGGGGCUUGUACUGGGAAAUUGCCCUCAAAUACAAAGUAAAACAAAGCAAACACGGUAAAUUUACUUCCAGCUAUAAAAAAUAAGCCCCUCAAAAAGGGCCUUUGAAAAAUAUAAGCCCCGGGGCUUAUUUUCGGAAUUUUACGGUAUUUAAUUUGUUGCUUGUGUUGCUUUUGCAGAGCAAAGAAUCCUUUAUGCGUGAUCUAAGCACUUUUCGACCUCUAUCUUCAGCCGAGGACGUCGACAAAGCUAUUACUGAAUCAAGAGAAAAGGUAAACCAUCUUUGAAAACAAGAAAUAUUUUCCUUACACUUCUGUUUAGAAAAUUUAAAGUCAAGCGCGGCCUUUGAAACGAUGUACUUCUUUUUUAUAGUUCCUUACUCGGUCCCUGACCUUCGCGGUAAGUUCUCUGUCAACCCAGUCUCCCCACCCAGUGCUCAGACGAGAGGAUAGUGAUAAUGACACUUCAAGAAUGAAGGCAGGUGUCUCCAAUAAUGACUGGCCAGCGGUAGUUUAUAAGCUUGCAGAGCAGUUUGGGAUGGACAGUGACCCCUUGAAACGUCAUUUUGUCCGUGAGUUGUACUCAGCUGGUUUUGAUGAGCUCGCAAGAGAGGUAAUUAAAAUGUCUGUGCUUCCUUGUAUAAGGUAACGUCAGCAUUCACUGGUUACAAAUUGCUUCUUUAUUUUCUUCUCACCUACAGAGCAUGUUUUCUGUCCACGAUCAGCGGUCUUUGAGCUCGCAGCUUUUGAGAAUUGUGGGACAGCGGUUAGCACAUGUAAUCCUGAACGCCUCUGAGUCCAGCGAGCGCGCAGGUCGCCUGUCUCGCCUGCCGACACAGAUCAGCAGCUGGAUCAAAUCACAAGUAAUGUGGAGUGAUAUGUUUUGUUAUUAUUUGUGGUUAAUUCUCCAACGCUACAUACAAGUCAGAUAUCUUCCGAGUAUGUUUAUCAGAGGAAAGAGCAAACAGCUGAUAAUUGAAACGUCCGUCUUUAAGUACGAAAAUUAAAAGCUUAAGCAACCACCACGACGGCAACAACGGCAACGUCAAAAAACAAUGGGUUUUAUGAGCAAAACAACAGGCCCUGGUUGUUCAAACGUUUUUUUUUAAAUUUCAGUUUGACGUCCACGGAUAAAUACACUGAAAUCCUAAUGCGGUGAUUUAUGAAGGAAAUGAAAUUGCGACUAUAUUGGGUGUAAUAUAUCAAUCAUGAGACGCAGUGUUUAUCCACCGGAUAAAACUAUCGAGCGGCUAAAAAUACGACGGAAAUCAAUUACGUUAUCCGCUGGAUCGAGGUGAUUUAUCCAGUGGAUAGCGUUAUCCGACGUUUGAUAUUUCUUCUCAAACAAAAUGCACGUGCAGAAAUUUUUUUUUUUUUUGAGCAGUUUUUCAUCCGAUUUCCACUGCACGACAUUAAACGUGAAACCUCCUAAUGCGGUGAUUUAUGAAGGACGUGAACAUACGACUAUAUUUCAUAUACAUAUCUCCUCUCUUUUUGAACCUUGGUAAAGUCCUCAAGAAUUCAACUCCAGGAUUUGACAAGAUAAGUGGGUUCAAAUAGACGCGAUAAAGUUUGAAAGCUCACAAAUUAUUAUUUUUUAGCGACGUUUUCACUACUGUCGUCAUCGUCGUUGGUUAAUGUCCCUAAUAUACUACUGCUGUAGGAUCAACAUGUAGGUGGAGAAUGACUUGAUCGUAGUUCUACCCCACUGUAUGUUCUUAAUCUUGCAUAAAAAAUCACUGUGUCUGCACUGGAUGCACGUUUGAACUCAUUAUACAUCAUCAUGCAUAAGAGGCUUUCGAAAGGUAAGGGGAAUUUAAGAACGCGAUUGAAGAAGAAAGCGGAACUCUACCACCCAGGAGCCCAUAACCCGGAGCGAGCAACUUCCAUGCUCUCGUGUCACAGCAUUUUCACGGACCAGUUUAUUUUUAGAACGGGUUUGGCGCCGAUUUGAAUAUCUUUUGAAUUCCACAAACCAGUCAGCAAAAGCUGCAGACCUAAAAAUGAUAUUUUUUUCCUUUUAAUAACGUUUAGUUUUCCUUUUUGAUAUCGUAUACUUCGAAUGCGCUUAUAGACAUGGUGGAGAUUCUAUUUUCGCGGGAUGAAGGGCCCUAAAAUGUGUCUAAAAAUAAACUGGUCCGUAAAACGUCGUGACAUAGGUCUAGUAAGGGAGUUGCUCUCUUCGAGUUAUGGGCUCCUGACCACCCCCCACCACCACCACCGGCUGCCACGCAGGUUAAUAAUCCGUCAGUAAGCUGUUUGACCCGUUACCUUUUAUUUUGCUGUUUCCAGGACCCGUCCAAGCUUGUCUGUCGCACGGUGCCUCUUUCUCAUACAGUGGAUCUUUUGCGUGUUGUCAUCAAUGUGACACCAGAAGAAUCACCAGACUAUCCUCUCACCUCAGGACUGGCAGAAUCUAUCAAAUUUCUUCUCUAGCGACGAACAAGAUGUGGAGUGACCCAAAAAACCAGCCAGUUUCCUCGCCAGCAGAAGCCAUACUCAUCUCUCCAAAGGACAAUGAGCAAAUGGGUUUACCGCAGGAUGUAGUCGCAUUAGUCAUCAAGGGCUGAAGUUUUGUAUCCUGAAUCAUGACGACCUUGAUGGUGAUGACCUUGCCUGGUCCCCAGGCCUCAUUAUUCCGCGCGGCAUAUGCGUUUCUGGUCACGUGGUCCGAGGAUAUGUCACCGAAAUGCAUUGACCUACAAGGCCUGGAAAGACGCCGCUCAGGGACUUGGCAAGUUAUGACCUACUUUGUGUACCAUAUGAAGAUAAUAAGCAGAGCUUUACUUACAUCUGUUUAAGAUGGGACCAAACAACCCCAUCUCCCUAUUGUCGAGACUGUGAACUGAACUACCUCUUCUGUGCUGUAAUCAUAAACGAAACCUUGUCAACAGGACUUUCAUGUAGUGUCGAUUUUUAGUGUUCUGCAGAAGGUUAUUUUUAAGGUUUUCAUUCGAGGCAUGAUACAUGGGCAGAACAUGUCAAAUGACUCGUGGAUCGUUGCGUCAGAUUAUGUGUAGGAACGGAGAAUACAAAAAAUGAGAAAUUUUAAUUGAAGAAUAUUUAUUAGUUAGAGCAACAGAUAGAAGAGGAGAUACCAUGACGAAAAAAAUAAAUAGAGGACAGUCAUUAAAA